AUGGCGGCGGACAGUGGGACUGCGGAUGGUGGUGAGCCGACAACCCGGCUUUCUCGUAUAGCUGCUGCAGUUUUCUACGGUGUCACUUCAUUCUCCAUCGUCAUGAUAAAUAAAAACAUUCUGACGAAUUACAAAUUUCCCUCCUUCCAGUUUCUUGGACUUGGACAGAUGGUUGCUACACUGAUUGUCUUGUCUGUUGCCAAGCAACUCGGACUCAUCACUUACCCUGGCUGGAGCAGAAAUGUCUUUGGGAAGGUAUGGCCCCUACCCUUGAUCUACCUUGGCAACUUGUGUUUUGGGCUCGGCAGUACAAAGAGGUUAAAUUUACCAAUGUUUACUGUUCUCAGAAGAUUUUCAAUACUAUUUACAAUGAUUGCUGAAUACGUAGUAUUAAGACGGAAAGCAUCUUUAAAGAUACAAAUUGUUGUCAUCACGAUGAUAGUGGGUGCCUUCAUAGCAGCUAGUGAUGAUUUGGCGUUCGACAGCUUGGGGUACUUCUACAUUGUAAUGAAUGAUAUCUUCACAGCAGCCAACGGAGUAUAUACUAAACAAAAAUUAAAUUCAAAGGAUUUAGGUAAAUUUGGUCUUCUGUACUACAAUGCUGCCUUUAUGAUCAUCCCAGUUAGUCUCAUGUGUUUCUACUCCGGUGAUGUAGAGAGAGUUCGAGAGUACCCACUCUUGACCGACCCGUCCUUUAUUUUUCAGUUCAUCUUGUCUUCAAUCUUUGGGUUUAUAUUAAUAUAUUCAGUGGUGCUUUGCACUGCCUACAAUUCGGCGCUCACAACUACAAUUGUUGGCUGUUUAAAGAAUAUGAUUAUUACGUAUGUCGGGAUGUACUUUGGAGGGGACUACAUCUUCAGUGUGGUGAAUUUCUUUGGUCUGAACAUUAGUAUCUGUGGUAGCAUAGUGUAUGUUUAUUACACAUUCAAUGAAAAGCAACCAACGCCAAAAGCAAGAAAAGAACCAUCGGCUGACAACAACGCUAGCAAAAAGGGUAGCUACAUGUAACAUGGCACCAGACUAACUCGGUAGCUAGUGGCACUAACCUCACACACCUACCCAAGAUUUUAUUUUCCUGCUUAUCACCGAUCUUUUAAUGCUGAUUGUGGGUGGCCAUGUUUUCAGAUGAUCACGAUGUCAAAGUCGACACUGGGGUUCCAACGGAAGACUCUGCACCCACUACCACUCCCAAUAACCCAUCGCUAAAUAACAAUGCAAACGCCGUAGAGGAAAGUGCUGUUUAAACAUUGCAGAAUUGGUUUUUCCCUCACAAAACAGUUGCUGAAAGUGUAAGCACCUUAUGUAAUCCACCAUCUACUGAACAUAAACUGACAAA